CGGACCGAUUUCUAGCAUCGUGGACACAAGGCUUUAUAAAAGAAGAAGAAGAAGGCUGCGAAUACAUGACUACACAAUUUGACGGGCCAAAUCUGAACUAUGGCGGAUAAGCUGCGAAACAAGUGUCUUUUGUUUAAAAAUAUGAACAGACUAAUCGCAAUAAGAUCUAAUGCGCGGCCGCGGCUUUACGCGCAGCGUGCUAAUUCAUCUCGGGCCAUGAAUGUAGAGUGUAAACAAUUACAUGACACAUUUGAUAAUUCUAUUCCCACCGAUCUUGUCAUAAAAGUCGGAUUGCGAUCUAUCUAUGUCAAUAAGUUUGUAUUACAAACGCAUUCUUCAUAUUUCAAAGAGGUAGACCGAUUUAUAACGUCCGAAGACGGUCAAGACGUUAUCAGGCUCGAUCAGUUUUCGUAUGUCACGGUUUACACCUAUUUUAAAUAUAUAUAUACCGGCGAGAUUGAUCUUGUAUUUUUGGACAAGAAAUUUGAUCUCUUAUUAAUGGCUGAGAAGUUCAAAGACAUUCGUUUACUAAAAAGUUGCUAUGAGAAAAUAAAGAAAGAAGUAACUAAAGAAAAUAUAAUCUCUGUUUAUAGAACAGCGCAAACGUAUGAUAACAAGAUAGUGCAGGAAUAUUGUUUCAAAUUCUUCAUAGAAAACAGUACAGAUGUGAUCAACAUUUAGUUUUAAAGAGUUGGAUGAACAUACGAGAAGUACUUUUACAAAUGAA